AUGGCCGGACAACAAAUGCAAGCUCUGGUGACCGAAUCUUCGGCCGGCGGCGGCGGGUCGCCGAAGAUGGUCAGGAAGCAAGUUCUGAUCCCUGAACCGGCCCCGCAUCAAGCUCUCGUUAAAGUGUCACAUAUUGCACAAAACCCGACCGACGUUCAAUCUCUUGACGGCAAUGCAUUCGGUGACGGCGCCGUCCUUGGGUGCGACUUUGUGGGGACAGUCGAAGCGGUUGGCGACAAGUGUAGCAAGCUGUCCAAGGGCGACACUGUUGCUGGCCUAAUUUGGGGAGGUGAAAUCAAGGGUCUUGGCGGCUAUAGCGAGUACACCCUCGCGGACGACAACAUCAGCUUCCGAGUCCCCAAGAACAUAAGCCUGCAGGAGGCUGCUACAAUACCCCUAGCUUCCAUGACGGCUGAGCUAGCCCUGUUCUCCAAAGCAUGCCUCGCUAUUCCUCGAGAGAGCGGAUCGGAGACAGCGGUCCUUAUUUGGGGUGGUAGCUCGAGCGUCGGCUUGUACGCCAUCCAGAUAGCAGCGAUGCAAGGCCUCAAAGUAAUCACGACGUGCAGCCCUCAUCACUUCGAUUGGGUCAGGUCCCUAGGCGCGAAGCAUGUCUUCAGCUACCGCGAUGGCGACGUCAUUGAGUCCAUCAGAAACACGACGCCUGGCCUCAAAUAUGUCUUUGACACCAUCGGCAACACGUCCUCCUCCGGCCAGGCAUCCCAAGCCAUCGAUGAGAGCGGCGGGCGGCUCUGCACCGUGCGCCCGGGGAAGGCCAACACUGAAAAUGUUUCGAAGCAGACGACUGUGACCGACGUCUUGGUCUGGACUGCGUUCUUAAAGGAUCAUCAGUAUGCUCAGUUUAGAUGGCCGGCUAGCGAGGAGGACCACAAACUCGGCACCGAGUUUUAUGAAAAGCUCCCGGGAUGGGUAGAGGCCGGGAAGUUGAAGCCCAACAAGCCGAAGGCCAUCUCUGGGGGUCUUGAUGGUGUAGACAAAGGAUUCCAAGUGUAUCGGGAUGGGGUAAUCUCCGGCGAGAAGUUGGUGUAUCAACUCUGA